AAUAAGCAACCCAUGGCUCCAUAGAAGCUUUCCACCUUCCGGUCCGAGCUCAACACCAAAGUCAUCGUCUCUCUCUCUCUCUCUCUCUCUCUCUCUCGGAGCUCAAGUAACGCUGACUUGACACAGCCAACCACCGGGACAUGGCGGUGACGGACUUCUUCGUCGGCGAGAUCACGACGGAGCUCCUGAAGGAGCUCAUCCAGAUAUCCCGCAAGUGCUGCCUCUGCAAGGCCAGCGCCGACCAGCUCAUCGAAACCAUCGAGGAGUUCCGACCCAUCAUCCGCGAGAUUCAGUACUCCGGCGUCGAGCUCCCCGCCCACCGGCAAUUCCAGCUCGACCAGUUCUCAAGGACCCUCCAGGAGGGCCUCGAGCUCUGUAAGAAGGUCCGAGCCUCCAACCGCUGGAACGUCUACAAGAACCUCCAGUUGGCGAGGAAGAUGGAGAAGAUGGAGAAAAGGAUCCACACUUUCUUUCAGGGUCUGAUGCAGGCCCACACCCUCGCCGACGUGCACCACCUGCGGUUCGACACGAAGGAUCAGCUGGACCGGAUCGAGGGGUCGGCGCGACGGCUGGAGCAGAGCCUGUCGGAGAUGAGGAUCGGCGGUGGCGGGUGGGUGGAGGAGGCUGUGCGGCUGAGGGAGGAGGCCGAGGCGGAGUGGGACGGCUUCGGUGGAGGCACGCUGAGGCUCGGGGUAUCGGUGGAGGUGGGGAGAAGGAAGGUGAGGGAGAUGCUUGUGGAGAGCAAAGAUAUGGGGGUGAUUGGGAUUGGUGGGAUUGGUGGGUCGGGGAAGACCACUUUGGCUAAGGAAGUUGCUAAGGAUGAUGAAAUCAGAAGUUAUUUCAACAACAGGGUCCUGUUCCUAACGGUAUCUCAGUCCCCUAAUGUGGAUCAGUUGCAGAAAAGGAUUUGGGGAUACAUAAUGGGGAAUGAAGGGAGCAGUCCUUUCGAUCAGGUUCCUCAGUGGAACCUGCAGCAUAAUUUCAGGGCGCCAAGGAGAAAGGCCCUGAUCGUGCUGGAUGAUGUGUGGGCAUUGCCGGAGCUUCAGCAGUUGGUCGCCAUUUCCAGGACGCCUGGUUGCAAGACCCUCGUGGUCUCAAGAUUCAAAUUCCCAACGGUAAUCGAACUGAGUUAUGAAGUAGAAUUGCUGAGGGAACAAGAAGCCAUGACCCUGUUCUGCCACUCUGCUUUUGGGAAAAAGUCCAUCCCUCUUGGUGCUGAUGAAGAUUUGGUCAAGCAGAUUGUCAACGAGUGUAAAGGGCUACCUUUAGCUCUCAAAGUGAUUGGAGCUUCCCUGAGGGACCAACAACAGAUGUUCUGGGUGAGUGCCAGAGAGAGAUUGGCAAGGGGAGAGAGGAUAUGCGAGUCUCAUGGAAGCAGACUGCUGGAUAGAAUGGCGAUCAGCGUUGAGUACUUGACGGGAAAGGUCAGAGAAUGCUUCUUGGAUUUGGGAUCGUUCCCAGAGGACACGAAGAUCCCUAUGGAUGUUCUUAUCAACAUGUGGGUUGAAAUACGUGAUCUCCAUGAAGCAGAAGCUUUUGCCAUCCUCGUUGAGCUCUCCAACAAAAAUCUAAUUACUCUGGUGAAGGAUGCCCGAGCGGGAGAAAUGUACAGCAGUUAUUUCGAGGUGUCGGUGACCCAACAUGACGUGCUGAGGGACCUCGCCCUUCUUCUCAACAACCAGGAGGAAGUCAAUAAGUGCAAGCGACUGCUUAUGCCUAAAAGAGAUCAGUUUCCUAGAGAGUGGGAGCGGAAUUCAGACAUACCGUUUGAUGCCCAAAUUGUUUCAGUUCACACAGGUGAAAUGAACGAAAUGGACUGGCCAAGAAUGGAAUUCCCCAAGGCUGAAGUGCUCAUCCUCAACUUCUCCUGCAACAGUUACUUCUUACCCCCUUUCCUUGAGAACAUGCCGAAGCUCCGUGCUUUGAUUGUCAUAAAUCACAGCACUUCGAACGCUGAACUCCGAAACUUUUCGGUUUUCUCUAGCCUGACCAAGCUGCGAAGCCUCUGGCUUGAGAGGGUUUGUGUCCCCCAUUUAUCUGAAACCACAGUACCCCUGAAUAACAUGAGGAAGGUAUCUCUAGUCUUGUGUAAGAUCAAUAACAGCCUGGAUCCGUCAACCAUCGACCUCCCCCAGAUUUUUCCAUGCCUAUCGGAGCUCACUAUUGACCACUGCGAUGACUUAUUGGAGCUUCCUUCGAGCAUUUGCAGGGCCGGAUCCCUCAAGAACCUGAGCAUCACGAACUGCCACAGCCUUCAAGGGCUACCGGCCGACUUGCACAAACUGUCGUCUCUAGAGAUUCUCAGAAUGUAUGCUUGCCCAAAUCUGAGGAUCAUUCCUGUGGAAAUCUGUCAACUUGGUUGCUUGAAGUAUCUCGACAUCUCUCAAUGUGUUAAUUUGAUGCGCCUUCCUGAAGACAUUGGAAACCUGGGGAGACUCGAGAAGAUCGAUAUGAGGGAAUGUGAGCAGAUAAGGCGGGUGCCGAAGUCUGCCUCGUCGAUGAAGUCUCUUAAGACCGUGAUCUGCGAUGAGGAGGUGUCCUUGUGGUGGAAAGAUGUUGUGAAGCCGAGGGAGGAUGUUCAAGUUCAAGUCGCGGACAAGUGCUACUCUCUGGACUGGCUCGACGAUUGAACCACGUUUCCUAUGAAAGCUUGCCACAGUACUCACCAUCCACCAUUCAGCAAAGAGUUCUAGUCAAGGUGUUCUGGCAUCUGUAGCAUUCUUCUCUUAUGUCUUGUUAAUUUUGUCCCCCGUGUCUCAAAAACUCAUAGAGACCUUGUGUUCUGUUCAAUGUCAUGUUGUGUUUAUCUGUCUGUUGGACACUGAUUAAGUUCA